AUGAGCGGAUACCCGCGGUCCCAAGGCGGCGGCGGCGGCGGCGGCGGCCCGCCCGGCGGCCCGGCGCACCCGCGAUCCUCGUUCCACUUGCGCCCCGGGCCCGGGAUGUCGCACGGCCCGCGCUUUCCCUCGCAGGACAGCGCCCCGAAGCUGCAGGGGACACACUUCAGCAAGGACAUCCAGCUGGGCUACGAGCCGCCGCCGCCGGUGGCUCGCCCGGCGGCCGCCGGCGGCCGGUCCGAGAACUUCCAACGCCGGACCCUGGACUACAACAACUCCAUGAUCCGGUAUCUGGAGGACCGAAUGGUGUGGAAGAAGCCCGGCCAGCGCCCGGCCGCGCACCCGGACUACCGCUUUGAGAUCCACACCAUGCCCCCCAUCGCCAAGCCCCAACACUCGGCGGACCUCCUGCUCUCGCGGUACAUUUACGACGCCAAAAACCACGACAAGUACCAUGUCACCUCGCUCUCGUUCCUCCCGGACGGCCGGCGCAUGGUCACCGGCAAUAGCCAUGGGCAGUUGACUCUCUGGAGCUCGCUCACCUUCAACUUCGAGAACAUUGUCCAGGCGCCCGCCUUCAGCUCGCCGAUCAAACGCCUGCGCUGGCAUCCUGUCGAGGACACCAUGAUCGUCGGCAUGAAGGGCUUCAUCAAGUACUAUGAGACCAACUUGAACUGCGUGCGCGAAAUUGCCCCUGCGCACAAUGACAUGCUGGUGUGCGAUGUCUCCUUCGCCCCCCGGGGCUCCAAGUUCGUCACAUCCGGCGAAGACAAGCACAUCGUCGUGUGGGACUAUGCCCUCGGGCAGCCGGAGCUCACGCUCUCCGGGCAUGUGGACAAUGUGCUUGGCGUCGAUUGGCAUCCACAUCGCGCGCUAAUUGCCUCCGGCUCGCAGGACAACCAGAUCAAGCUCUGGGACCCGCGCGACGGUCGCAGCGCCAUCUCCUCUCUUCACAUUCACAAGGAUGGAGUCACAUCCAUCGGAUGGAACCCGAUCAAUGGGAAUUGGCUGGCCUCCACCAGUCGCGACUCGACCGCCAUCAUCUACGACAUCCGCGCCAUGGAUGUCCUGCAAACCUUCUCGCUGGCUGACCGCGUGUCCAGCCUCGCGUGGCAUCCCCUGCGCGAGGACAUCCUGGCCACCGGUUGCAUGAACGGCACCCUGGCCUUCUCACUGAUUGGCCUCGAGGAGCCGCACGUGCAGAUUGUUCGGGCUCAUGAUCGCGAUAUUUCCACCCUCUCGUGGCACCCGCUGGGGCAUAUGCUUGCCUCCGGAUCCAAUGAUUUCCUGUGCAAGUUUUGGUCGCUCUCGAUCCCGGGCGACACGCGGCCCAUGUCCGCCCGGCCGGUGUACCGCAGCGGCGCCAAUGCCGAGGAGGCCGCCGCUCUGGCAGCCAUUCGCUCGCAGACGGCCCAGGCCAAUGCCGCGGCGGCGGCCAUGUACGCUGGUGGUGGCGGCGGCCCCGGCGGGCAUGCCGGCCCCGGGGCCGGCGGCCCUGGCGGGCACCAGGGCCAACGCUAUGGCCCAGGCGGCGGCGGCGGCGGCUCACACCGCCCGUACGGCGGCCCGGGCGGCAACGCCGGUCCGGGUGGCGGCGGCUACCAGCCUGCCUUCCGGUUCCAGGCGCACGGUGCAGGCGCCGGACCGGGCGGUGCCGGUGCUGGGCCUGGCUUCGGCCCACCGGCGCCCUCCCACCAGCCGGCCGGGCAUCAUCGCUCUGGCAUGUGA